UCGAAUCUAAUUAUAAGCAGCACCCGAACGAGGACUCCCUUUCUAGAGUUUACCGUCCACGCAGUCGAUACACUCUGCAAGUGCAUUGCACCAGUCGCCAAAGCUGCCUCGAGUAAGCAUAAGAGAGCUGCGUCAACCGCAAGUCAUGUCUAUGCGAGAAGUAAAUCGUCCGCUGCAUGCGAAGCCGAAGUCAGCCGCCGGUUCACUGAACCGUGGCAUUUUGCACAUUUUUCAAUGCUUACAUACAAUGCUAAAGAAUUGAGGACUCUUUGCGACUGCGCUUUGGGGAAGGCUGUUCCAUCGACAAGCAAGGAGUCCACUCUGACUAGCACACGAUCAUCUUCAAGCACCAGAAAGUCAUCUUCGAGCACCAAGAAGUCGUCACCAAGCACCAAGAAGUCUUCGUCGAGCAUCAGAAAGUCGUCAUCAAGCAUCAAAACAUCAUCGUCAACAGUCAGAACCUCAUCUUCUGGGAUCUCCAAGGCAGUCUCAACAAGCUCGAAGAUUCAGUCUUCUAGUGUCAAGUCGUCGAGCUCCGCAAACGCGGCAUCGAGCACUCGACUGGCUUCCGCUAGCUUGAGGCCUCCACCAAGUGCCAGCAAGAUCACUCUGACAGACUCGAGAGUAGCGACAUCUUCCACGCUCAACGGCACUUCUCUGUCUGAUUCGAGCAGAAAGACGUCCAGCUCAAUCUCAACGAUUCUGUUGUCAUCGUCAUCAUCGUCAUCAUCAUCAUCGAGAAUCUCGAGUUCAAGCAGACCGAUCUCUAUACCCACCAUCGGAGUUGUCCCGACCACUCAAGCCAGCUUGCCAAUUAGUGAAAUUCCAACUCUAGUCGUCUCGUCGACGAGUCAAACUUCUUCGUCCUCUGUUUCUACCAUCGCUACCAGUACUAACGUCGAUGGCGGCGGCCCAGCUCCCGUGACACCACCUGCAAUCACAUCUACCAGUACUUCCACGUUUGUUCCCGAGAUUACAACCACCAUUGUGAGUUGUGAUGGUCUCCUUUGUAUCGCGGUAGGAGUUGGUGCUUCCACAACCACCACAUUCGGCAUUGCCCCGACCGAUGACUCCGAUCUGCCUACGGCCACAGACACAGCUUCGGCAACCGAGAUUAGCUCAGCUACUGCCGCCAGUGUCACCAGUACCAACAGCCCAACGGCAUCAGUCUGCACACCUGUCUCAACAGCCUGCGACGGCACUUCUGGCUUCGUCAUCAUGGCGUCAAGCAGCGACUCGCUCAUCGACGGACUUUACGCCGCAUCUCAAAAUUACGCUAUGUACAUGAACGCGGACUACGCAUCAGCGGCAAGAUUCUGCCUCGAUAGCGACAACACCCUCGUCUGGCUCAACGAGAAUGGCCCCGAGUUUCCUGCUCUAAAAUCGAGCAUCGCGAGCCCCAUUACGUUUAGCGAUGCGGGUAUCCCCUUGUUUGGCGCUACGAUGUUCAAUGCGGAUUGUACUGUUGCGCUUCACUUGACUUGGUCUGAUGACUUCAGAACAGUUGUGGAUAGCUCGGAUCAUAAUCCUUUGUCCUUGACAGAUGACACUGAGUCGGGCUAUGUGGGUGAUGUUGAUUCCACGCCGAUCAGUCUUAUUGUUCAAGCC